CGUUGUUAUUUUAUUUGAAUUGUAAAGCGAUUCUAGUUUAUAUCUUUUAAAAUAAUAUUUCAUCUCAAUCUUUACCAAUUUCAAAUUUUAUUUACCAUGUCCAGAAAUACUACUCACUUCGAAAAAUAUGCCAUUGAUAUUUACAAUCCCAUUGAAGUGGGUUCAAUUGAUCGAACAGAUACCGAACCACACGAUCGUGCAAUCAUUCGGGCAAUCCUAUCAGAGUAUAUACCAAACAAGAUGGUUAAGGGAGACCCUGACUAUACAAUAUUUAUAGCCCGACUUAAUCCUAGAACUACACAGGAAACUAUUGAAACAGAAUUCUCUAAGUUUGGAAAGGUGAAAAGGUGCCGCCUUGUAAAAGACAUUGUCACAGGGAAAUCAAAAAAAUAUGCUUUUUUAGAAUAUGAAAGUGGCCACAGUGUGGAGAAGGCACUAAAAGAAAUGCAUCAUGAAUACAUAGAUGGAGCUGAAAUCAUUGUUGAAAGAGAAGCAGAGCGGAGACUACAAGGGUGGAAACCUCGUAGGCUUGGAGGAGGUUUUGGUGGCAGAAGGGAAUCUGGACAGUUACGAUUUGGAUGCGUCGAAAGACCGUUCCGAAAACCUUAUUAUGUUGCUGCAAAACAUGAACCCGGGCCAAGUAGCCAUUGA